AUGGAAAUUGAAGCAAGACAAGGGGUGGUAGCAAAAAAGCUAUGGAAAAUGGUACGUGUAUCAUUGUUCAUGAUAACAAAAGGCAUAGCCAAGACCAAAACAAUGAUACAUGGAAAACUUGCUGGAAAAGGCUUCAUCAACACUCUCAUGAUGAAUCACCAAUUAUAUUAUUCCUCUUUCACGUGUCGCGACAACGAUAACUCCUUCAUAUCUCCCUGCGAAUACGAAUUCAGCUGCAGCAACACUCCUGUCAACCCUCUCUACCAGUCUAGCCGCCGCCUCUCCAAGCCGCGCCAGCGAUACAAAGAUGUUUUCAUCAUGAACACCAUAGCUGUGAGAAAUUCUUGUUUGGAUACAUUGCCUGUUGCGAGAGAACUAAGAGUUACUGAUUCGCCUUUUGCGCUCAAAGAUGAAGGAGAUAGUUAUCAGGUGGACAUGGCAGCUGAUGAAGGAGAUAGUUAUCAGGUGGACAUGGCAGCUGAAGAAUUCAUUAACAACUUCUAUAAACAACUCAAUAGACAAAACAGAUCAAUAGCUACUCACUGA